AUGGACCACUCCAGCUUGCACGAGUUCAUCAUCUCUUCCUUUCUCAACAACCAACGUGCUCCCACUGUUAGCGAGAUCGCCACUCGCUUCGAAAGCGAUGUAGGUACGACACGGCAAGCCCUGCGAGCUCUGGCAGAUUAUCAUGGCGUUGUGCUGCACCCCAAAUCCGACGAGGUGUGGGUUGCCCACCCGUUCUCAGCAGCGCCCACAACCUGCAUCGUAUCAUCAGGCGAUCGCAAGUGGUGGGGGAACUGUGCCUGGUGCUCAUUCGGAGUGAUGCACCUCUUAGGAGGUACCUCGACCUUCACGACAAGGACCGGCGCCAUCGGCGAUGAAGUGACCAUCACGGCUCGGGAUGGACAGCUGGUGGACGCGGACGCGGACUUUGUGGUUCACUUUCCAGUCCCCAUGACCAAGGUCUGGGACAACGUCAUCUACACCUGCUCGGUCCAGCUGCUAUUCCGCAAUGAGGCCGAAGUGGACGAGUGGUGUGCUAGUAGAGGGAUCGCAAAGGGAGAUGUGCGUCCAAUCAAGCAAGUGUGGGAUUUCGCUGCUGAGUGGUAUGGCCGCCAUGCGGAUGCAGACUGGAAGAAGUGGACUGUGCGCGAUGCAAUCGAGAUUUUUGGUCGUCACAAACUGACUGGUCCAACUUGGGCAAUUGGAGAUGAGGCAGGACGCUUUUAA